AGAAACCGAAGAGUCUCUUGCAAAGUUGCAAUUUUUGCCUCUUGAGUAGACUGUGCCUAUUAAAAGAGCACGAUCGCUUUUUUUACCUGUGGAAACGAUUCAGUCAUAGCUAUCGUGUUUGGAGGGUAGAGAGAUGAAUCACGGCGAAGCUUGGGGUUCCGGUGGCCGUAGGGGUUCUCAUGGCCGUUCUCCGGCGUCUAAACACAGAGCUCAUCGUCCUGAAAGCGAAAGUCCGAUGUUUCCUUUGGAUGAAUAUUCUGGUAGUAGGGGUAGGGGAUCUCGAGGUAGAGGAAGAUGGACACAAUCACGGUCUCCUAGGAACAGUCCAUCGCAAGUGUACGUUAAGAAGUCAUCACAAGUUUCCAAUGUGGGAUUAGUGGAAAAGGCAGCUCAACUGGAAAUAAAGUCCCCAGGGGAUGGAAUAGGUUCUACUACGCAGCCUGAUGAGGUUGCUGCUUUGAAGUUUUCUGGAGAUAACAUGGAUCUUUUGCAAUCAUCAGAUUCGUCUUGCUCAAAGAACAUAAAUUUUAGUGGAGGUGAGGAAAAGGUUGGCGCUAGAAUGCCUUGUGAUCUUGUGAACAGGAUGAGAGAUGUUUCGUUCUCUGGCCAUGAGUCUGUGUCUUCCACAGGUGAUCAGAAGGCUGAGGUUUCUGGUGUUAAGGAUCAUGAUAGUGCUCACAAGUCUUGUGAUGUAGGGAACUCUUUGAAUGAAAGCAACACGAGACCUUUUGACCUCUUCCUCCAGACGAAGGUGGUAACUUUAAAACCCUCGUUGCAUGCAGUGAACAGAGUUAAGAGAAACGCAACUAAGGGGUACACGGGAAGUGUCAUUAGACCUGGAAUGGUACUUCUCAAGAACUACUUGUCAAUCAACGAUCAGGUGAUGAUUGUGAACAAAUGUCGUCAGCUUGGUUUGGGUAAAGGAGGCUUCUAUCAACCAGGCUAUCGAGAUGGAGCAUUGUUGCAUUUGAAAAUGAUGUGCUUUGGGAAAAAUUGGGACCCUGAAACAUCACAGUAUGGUGAAACUCGACCGGUUGAUGGUUCUGUUCCACCAAAAAUUCCUGUUGAAUUCAAUCAGUUUGUUGAGAAAGCAAUUGAAGAAUCACAGUCCCUAGUUUCCUCAAAUUCAAAGAAGACGAAGGGAGAAGAUGGAAUACCAUUUAUGUCACCAGACAUCUGUAUUGCUAACUUCUACACAUCCACAGGGAGACUUGGUCUCCAUCAGGACAAAGAUGAGAGCGAAGAAUCCAUCCGGAAGGGAUUACCUGUUGUUUCCUUUUCUAUUGGAGACUCAGCCGAGUUCUUGUAUGGUGAUCAGAGGGAUACUGACAAGGCAGACAUGGUAGUCUUGGAGUCUGGAGAUGUUCUACUAUUUGGUGGGAAAUCCAGAAAUGUCUUUCAUGGCGUGAGAUCAAUCCUUAAAGAUACUGCCCCCAAGGUUCUUCUUGACCAAACAAGUCUCCGGCCAGGUCGUCUGAAUUUGACUUUUAGGCAGUAUUAAACCAAAGCUAGGAACUUUUGUAUGUAUCUUGUAACUUAAAAAUAUUUUGUUACACUUGUUCGUUUUUGUUUCCGGUAAUAUAAAUUAACUUCCACACACGAUCUGUGUGUUAUCUUACAAUGUCUUGGCAAUAUGUUGGAUAACGUUUUCUUUUAUAUACAA